CAAUCACUCAAGUGCCGCCUCAGUUUCUACCAGACUUGGAGAUCGCAUUUUCCAAGAUAUCUUCUCCGGCUGUUGACAGUUAAACUCAAUACCGCAGCCAUGAGUGAGGGAAAGAGCUACGAGUUGUCGGAUAUCGACAAAAUGGGCUUCACCAAGAGCGUGAAGAUCGUCAUGUUCUACAAAGUUGAAGACACCGUCGAUCCAGAGAAAGUACUUCCCUCAUUGCUGGAAGGAGUGCGACACGCCAUCCGCCGAUUGCCCUUCCUGGCAGGAGACCUCCAAUUCAACGAAGCGGGAAAGCUCUGCAGCGUGACGACCCCGGAGAGCCAAGUCGACCUCAAGGUCCAGCGGUACGACUUCGGACAGUGCGAGCCGUUCUCUGUCCUCGCCAGCAGCUCGUUCUCUCCGAGGCUAGACCUGACCAAAUUUCUCCCCAAGGAGCCAGAAGGCAAGCAGCCAGCCUGCAUCAUCCAAAUCAGCCUCAUAGAGGGGGGCCUCACUGUCGGACUUAGAUUCAACCAUGCGGCUGGGGACUGGACCUCCCUUGACACCUGCCUCGCUCUCAUCUGUCAGAGCACCAGGGCACACCUGGAAGGCCAAGAAAUGCCCACCUAUACGCCAGACCUCAACAGAACCGCAUUCAACACCCCGGCGCCCGACCCAGCCAUCACCCGCCAAGACCAACUCGCCAAAUUGCCCUUCUUCAGCGUGAUCGAGAAGACCCAGUUCCAACUCAACCCACCUCCACCUUGCCAAGCGAGCAUCUACCGAAUCUCCGAACCCGCCAUUCAACAACUCAAAACGCAGUGCACCCACUAUCUCGACGGGGUCGACUACAUCACCUCCUACGACUGCAUCUCCGCCCUCAUCUGGAGGGCCAUCACCCGCGCCCGCCUCCAGGUCCACCCCGAGAAAUCAACCGCACCCACUCGCUUCGUCCAUCCCAUCGACGCCCGCACGCGCGACCCAGAGCACCAAACUUCCCCGCAGUAUUUUGGCAACGCCGUGCUCGCCACUCUCGCCGGCCCGCUCCCCGCCCACGCCUUGCUCGCCGACGACGAAGCCUGCAGCCUCGCCACCGCCGCCAGCCGGAUUCGCCAAUCCAUCCCCACCAUCGACGUCUCCUCUUUCGCUGCCAUGACGGGGCUGAUGGCAUCUCUCGCGCCGACGGAGACUGUCGCCCCAAAGGCGGACUUCGCGGAGAUGGACGUGUUCAUGAAUACCUGGUACUCGGGAACUGCGGAGAAGUAUGACAUUGGGGCUGGAGUGGUUCCUGCGGCGGUGCGCGUGCAUGCGGCUAUGCCGGGGGCCUGCGCGAGUAUUUUGCCGAAUUUCUCGCGCGGCGGACCGCGCUUCUUUGAUGUGUAUGUGCAGACUCCGGUUGAUGUUCAUGAGGCGCUGGGUCGGGACGGGGAAUUUUUGAAGUAUUUUGAGUAUCUUGCGUAAGGGAGGGGGUGGUGUCUGAGCUUGAGUAGAGAGGUCUGGAUGUUCUGGGGGUCUGUUCGAAUAAUUGGCAAGCCGAGAUGCACAGUAAGAACCUUUAAUCGGUACGGCCGUGAUGCAAUGCAAAUCAAUUGAUUAAAGCUUUGCGCAGAGCCCACAAUGAUACAAGAUGCGGAAGGCAGGGCUUCCCCCCCGACAACCCUAAUUCCAGCCAGCGUCAUCAGGAGGAACCAAGCCGAACCAGCCGUACUUCCCACUUUUCAGAGAGACCAUAACUUUCUUGGUACCUUUGGAAUGGUCGAGACCUGAGUCAUUUGCCGUAUGUGCUUCAAAUCUUUGGCUUUGGCCUGACCAGAAGUUCACUGCUUGGGGUGGUCCGCAGGAGGACGAAACCAG